AUGGACUCUGAAGUCCUAUGGAGCGGCUCGCGGCGGGGGCGGGGGGUCCCGCUACCUUCUCCACUCGGCCCACGAAGCAAACGGGCUGCCCGAGGUGCUGCGCUAAGUGGCUGGUGGCGAUGCGGGGCCGCGGCCCCUCGUGCACGUCCCCCAUGUGGAGCGGUCCCGAGGCUCGCGCCGCGCCGCGCUCUCCCCGACCGGCCACAGCUCCCCUGGAGCGGCGGGAAACCAGCACUUCCGCUCUCCGACGAGCCCGGCAGUCGCCCUGGCAACAGGGGAGGCAUCGGGGCGGGGCUUCCUCUCAGGCCGCCAAUCGAACGGGACAAGAUCGGUUACCGACGCCCUGGUGACGUGGGCAAAGGGCGCUGCUCGCUGCGUGCGAAUCGGCGGCCGCUUGUGGCCUCUAGGGGGGCGGCUCAGGCACCGAACCCGGAAGCGAAGGCGCCGGUGCGGCGUCAGGCGGGGCCGUGGGUCGGUUCGGGAGAGCGUCUGAGGCGGGAACGCGGUGAUACAAUUAAUGAACAGAGAAGAGCAUCUAAAGAUAAAAAUUCAUUUCAUGAGACAGGACCUACAUACAAUCAACCUGUUCAGCCAAAUACAGAAAAACAUUCACAUUUGACUGUAGUGGGUGCUGAGGAGGGAAAUGAGACAAGUCAACAUUUGGAAAACAAUCAUUUCAUGUCAGAGCUCCUCAAUGAUGUACCCUUCACCCUAGCACCCCAUGUGCUAGCAGUACAGGACACCUCUAAUGGCCUUCCAGACCAGCUGCUCUCCUACAACAUCAAUGAUAAUUUAUCAAGAUUUUGGAUACAGUUGGACAGAUGUGACACCUUGGAAGCAUGGAAACUUCAAAAGUCUGUUUUGCUGAGAUGUGCCAGAUACUGUGGGCCCAAGGAUUAUUCUUAAAUGUGUGUACCUAUAAAUGUUAUAUGUAUCUUUGUGAGCAAGGGAUUGUACGCUAACUCCAUGGUGAGGUUACUGAGCUUCCUCCAGGAACUAAAAACAGGGAAUAAUUACUGCAAUUCCUGGGACAGGCAAACCAUUCCAGAGAAGUACCACCUUAAAGGGGGAUGGGGGAGGGGAAAUGGAAGAGAUCCAGGAGACAAAGGGAUUUUGGUAUAAAGGGUCAGCAUGAACUGACUCAAAGAUCCUCAUUUUGAUUCAAAAAGUGACACGAGAUUGUAACCUAAAAGGCUAAGCCCUGCUGGAAGGGUCUGAAAGACUGCGACCUGACAGAUUCUCCAUGUGGAAGAUGGGUGACACCUGCUAAGCUUAGCAUGCAUGUAGACUAUUUAUCAUUUUAUUAUGUUUUCUCUGUAAUGCUUUUGUCCUAAAUAAAUUUACUGUACUUUGUGAACAUUGGCUGCUCACUGGGAAACACUGUCAUAGUCUCUGAGAGAGAGCAGAACCAUGGGGUGCUGGACUAAGAUGAGACCUGCUGGGAUAGUCGCAGUGAACUAUAAGUACUAUACUGUAUAUACUAACUAAAGUAUAAAUGGGUUAAUAAAAAGAUACGUUUGUGGAGGAUAGGUCCAUCAAUGGCUAUUAGCCAAAAUGGCUAGAGAUGCAACCCUAUGCUACGGGUGUCCUAAACUUCUGACUGCCAGAAACUGGGAAUAGAUGACAGAGGCUGGAUCAUUUGAUAAUUGCCCUGUUCUGUUCAUUCCCUCUGAAGCAUCUGGCUCUGGCCACUAUCAGGAGACAGGAUACUGGGCUAGAUGAACCAUUGAUCUGACCCAGUAUGAAUAUUCUUGUGUUCUUAAUUGCAGGGGGAUUGCAAGUCUAAAUCCCUUGUCUGGAGGGAAAGGGACAUAAGUUCCCACCAACAAAGAGGUGACAGCUAGAGGCCUGAGAUCUAAAAGGUGUGCCCUUGAGCAGACUAGGGAGGGUGCAGAGAUGCAGUUAACCCCAGAACUGUGGCAACAGUUUAUACACUGCCCUAAAUACAGAGGAUAUUUCUUUUCAAAUUUGCUAGGUAGUGGUGUAUUGUCUUUAAUAAAUCAACUGACUUUCUUAUCUUUCUCAAAAACCCACCCCAUGUGACUUCUGUAAACAUCCCCCUUCUUGCGAAUAUUUAUGAAUUCUUAACACAUACAAUGCUCUCUUUCAUUAAAAAUGUUUUUCUGCUAAAAACUCAAGUUCACUUACCGCAGAAUCCUUUAAAACAAAACAAAAAUGUCUACAAAAGCAUUUUGGAAUGUUUUGGUUUUUUGGGGGGAUGGGGGAGGGAAGAUGGCACUUUUCACAGUUACAUCUGUGUGCACAGGUGUAGACUGCGGUUAUGUAAAGGAAGUGGGUGACUUAAGGGCAAACUUAAAUAUAUUAUAACAACUUGAUCUGUACUUCUAAUUUCCUUAUGUUUUUUUUUUGAACAGUAUUCAAAGACUGCUAAACUAAAAUUUGGUUCUGCAUUUUGGUAUUUGGCAUGUAAAGUUGCUGGGGACACUGAGACAUUACAUGCUACAAUUUGAUGCAGGUGGGAACUGAAUUUGUGUGGUUACAACAUAUGUAGCUUGAUGAGUUGUGCUCUGAAAUAAAGAGAACUGACAGUUCAUAUUUCAUAACUCCCUCUGGCUUAUAUGUAUUGUACCAAGAGUUUUUCUGGACCAUCCCUCCUCACUCCCUCUCUUCUCUUCAAAGCAAGACAAGUCCACAACUAAUAAAAGGUUUGAUUAAUUGGUUCAUUUCUUAACAUAAGGGUGUUUGCUUACUCUGAAUAGCUGACACACAAUUGGUAUUUAGGAGUUAUGCACCCAGGACCCAGAAGAACCAACAAAGAACAUGAAGAUUUAGAAAUCCCUAGUUUGCUAUUUCCCUGAAAAAAAGCUCUGAGGCAGCCACUAGUCAGUUUUACACAUCCCAGUAUCUUUUACCAAGACAAUAGGGUUUAGCCAGGAUUAGAAAGAAGGGUACAACCAGAUGCACACAGGACUAAAUUUUCUUGAUUGGACAAACUGCACUCAGCACCAGGAUUAGAAGCAAGGGGCACAAAAGUGAUUUUAAACUGCUUUUACAGUCUCUUGGACUGGAGCAGUUCUAACAUAAGCCCAAUUGUGAGUGACCAUAAGGGGCCAUUUUGAUAGGCUGGGAUGUGGGGAUGCCCCACCAAAUCCACUUUCCUCUAGAAAUACUCCCAGUGUCGGGGCCCAAUCCACUUUUAGCCCAGUGGGUAGAGGAGUCACCUGGAACAUGAGAGAUCCAGGUUCAAUUCAUGCCUCUGCCUGAGAGGGGACAAGAGAGUGAGAAUGGCCCUAAUGCCUGAUUGUUAGAGAAACCCAGGGUUCAGCCCUGGCUCCAGUGACUCUACUGUUUAAUUAUUUAAACACAGCAGAAGACCUACAUCAGAAUAUCCCAUAGUCUAGUAGUUAGAGCACUCUCCUGGAAGGCAGGAGACACCCUAUACAAAUCCUUUCUCCCCCUCUGGCAGAGAGGGGGUAAGUUAACCUGGAUCUCCCACAUCCCAAGCAAGUGCUCUAACCACUGGCCUAAAGGUUAUACGGCACUAACACCACUACCACAUCCUCCCCAAGCCAGAUUUUGAAUGGGGCCCAAUCUAGUAGGCAGCAUCUAGCACACAUAUGGGAUCGGUCUGCAUGCAACUUAGGCAGCUUGAAUGCAUAUCUUUCUCCAGUUCACAAAUCUGUCUGGGGCUUGGAUUGGAGAUAUGUAUCCAGAUCCAUAGAGGGAGGCAACAGUGCAUAUGCCCGGGGCAGAAACUUAGAUACCUAGGAACUUUUCCUUUGAAAACAUACGCACUGAGUGAGUUUAGAUGCCUUACAACGUUCAGUGGGAGUUUUGUGGAUCACAGUGGAGACAAAACUGGAACUUAAGCACUUUAACCUGAGACUUAGGUGCCUAAGUACUUUUGUGGGUCUGGACCCAAGUUAGUUUAGGUGCCUACAAGGUUAGAUAGUAGUUGAGGGGGGAUUUUGUGAAUCACAGGGGAGCCUAAAACUGGGACUUAGUCACCUGAACCCCAGAUUUAGAUACCCAAGUACAUUUGUGAAUCUGGGCCUGAGAGUCUCUGUGCCAAGCAGGGAUUCCCUUAGCAAAAGGGAAAUCUUCAAAGGGCAGGAUCUAUGGUCUUUACAUCUUUUUUGCACUGCCAGAGCAGUCCAAAGUGACUCUAAUGCAGCCAAGACUUUGGUGCACACAGUCCAUACAGUGUGCAUGCCAUCAUAGUGUUCUAAAACUGAGAGACACAAAUUGCUCUUAGUCUAUGCAUGGACCUCCCACUGAUGUUGAUUAAAAGCAUUCCAAUGUCUGGAUCAAAGUGAUCAUGACCUGAAGACUAAACCAUAGCCUAUUGUGACCUUUGUCUUCAUGAAGGCCAUAUUUACUUAUUUCUUGCAGUGUAUUAAUGUAGGAUAUUUGCACAGCUGUAAACAUACACACCUUGAAUAAUUCCACAGAAGCUAAUACCAAGCUAGCUGAUUAAAAAUUUUAACCUAUAUACAAUAAAGUAAGAUACUUCACUCUUUGACGCUGCACUUAAUUUGUACAUAUGGAAAACAGCUAGUCUCUCUCUAUAUAUAUCAGUUAGAUCUAUUAAUUUGUGGAGUACUCUCUGUGGGAAUUAAUUUCUCCAUCACUAGAGAAAUUUAAUAAUCUACAAGAUACUGAAAGGAACAAUCCAGGUUUGGGACAGUAGGGUAGACAAGACAUACUGCAUCUUUUCCAGCUAUAAUGUCUUUGAUUCUCAUUGGUGCCAAUGCAGGCAUUUGUAAGAAACUCAUUUUAUAGGUUUGUAAAAAUAAAACUGAUAAUACCUGAAUGGCUUUUCACCCUUUGACUGGCAUGUUGAGUCUCUAGUGUUAGAACUUUGUCACCAGUGUGGUGGUGUUUAUCACAAUUUUGCUGAAGAAGUGGGAAAUGGCUGGAAGAUGGCAGAGUAAUAAUAGGAAAAAUGAACCUUGAUUUGUAUAAACACAAGUAUAAAACUUGCAUAGUCAAAGUAAAAAACAUUGAUCUUUGUGAUACCUCCGCUGAUUCAUUCUAUAAUGUUUAUAUAUUCAUAUUUAUACUAGAAAAUAACACUUUUGAAGCUGUCAUCUCAUCUUCAUCUACAUACACAAAUUUUCCUGUGUAACUGAAGACAAAGAAGAGCUCGGACAGUUCCUUCAAUAUUAAUUGGUUCUUUAAGUACUUAAGCAUCAUGCCACCAUUCAUUAAGACUGAGGAGGAUCCUAAUGACUAAUCAAAUUAAUAUAAUUUUAAAAUGGAGACUGUAAAAAAAAUUUUAGCUAUACAUUUGUAAAAAAAAUUAUGCAGAAUUAGGAUUAGAUUAUUUCUUUUACUACUGGCUUGUUUAUAAUCUAAGAAUAUAUUUGCCUACCAAAUUGCAACCCCCCACUAUAAAUGACUUAACUCUCCCCUAAAGCCCUUCCCCACCGAUGUGCCAUUCUCUUUUUCCAUGUUAUAUACUUUUUCAACAAGAGUGACAAGAUAAGACAUGACAAACCCCUUCCUACUUUUCCUUUCACCUGCCUGUCUCCUCUCCUCCUUCCCCCUAUCACUGACAGUGAGGAAUUUAACCUGUUUUUCUCCUCUAACCAGUCCACCUUUCCCAGUGAUUCCAUCAUCUCAUCUCUUUCCCACCUCCCAUAUUCUUCUUAACUCUACUCUCAUCAGGUCAUUUCCCAUUACAAUAGGAUAGGGGGUAAUCAUAGUGUGCUUCUAACAAUCCUAAAGUUGAUCCACUGCCCUCUCCCAUUACUAUCUCUUCUUUUUCUUCCCCUUCAGUUCUAAAUUCAAAGAAUGUGCCAUCUGCAAACAUCUCAAAUUUGGUCUCUUCCUAUCUGGUUUCUGCCUUCACCAAGAUCUCUUUUCUGACCAAAUCUCUGGCCUGUAUUCCAUCUUCAGACUCAAACUCUCCAUUGCCUAUGACACCAGUGAUCAUUCUCUCACUCUGAAAUCUUGUUGUUCCUUGACAUUUGCAAAUCUGUCCGCUCUUAGUUCUUCUAUCUUUCUGAUCCCGCCUUCAACAUCUCUUUCAGCAGGGUUCCUCCUCCCAGCUUUCACUUUUCAUGGAUAUUCCAUUGGGCUCUAUCCCUGGAUCCCUUCCCUUUCCCCUUGUGUCCUUUCUCGAGGUAAUCUAAUUUGUUUACAUGGCUUCGACUGUUAUCUCCACACUGAUGACUCACAAAGCUAACCCAACACUCCCAACCUCUCCCUCUCCAUCCAUUCUCAAUCUUGGGCUGUCUUUCUGAUAGCUCAUCCCCUUGGCAAACUCCAUUACUGAGGACACCACCAUUACACACCCUUGUCAUUCAGGUUCAUAGAUUCCAUAGAUAAGACUAUCUUUGAUUCUGUCUUUUCUUUAGAUCCACUCAUCAAGGUUGGGCCAAAUAUUGCAGUUUCUCUAUUCAUAACAUUUCUGAAACCAGCCUUUCCUCUAUGUCUAUACAGAUAAAACUCCCACUUAGGCCUCAAUUCCCUCUCAUCUUGACUAUUGCAACAUCCUUCUUUUUGGCUUUCCUGACGCACAUCUCACUCCCCUCAAGGCUAUUCAAAUGUUGCUGUUAAGACCAUCUUUUUGGACCAUCUUUAUGACCAUCUGAGCCCUUCUUUUCACAGGAUCCCCCUUCACCACUACUUAAAAUAACGCUUCUGGUUCUCAUUUUUAAGCUCCUUCACAUUUGAGACCUCCCUACUAAUCUGCUCUUGUUUUGUCCCUUCCACUCAGUCAACUAUGCCACUCUGCAUUGCCCAUUUGUCUGUUUCUUCCAAAAGCACUUUGCACUUUCUUUCAUGCUUUCUCUAAUGCACUCUUAUGAACUAGACUGUAAAACCACUACCCUGAUCUCCUUCAUAUCCCUCCUCAAAACCCACUUCUAUCAUGAUAUCUAUAGGAAACUGAACUGAUAAUGGCUAGUAGGAAAUUCUGAUAAUUAACUUAUUCAUUUGUAUCUUUAUAAUUUUGUUUGAAAUUGACCUUUGCUGUGCACAUACCUGGUCUAUGUUAAAUGCAUGUUCUCCUACUGCUUCCCUCAUCCUCACUCCCUCUUUCCUUCUGAUGGUUACAUCAACUUGUUGUGUCUUACCUUAUUUAGAUUGUAACUCUUUGGAUCAAGGACUGCCUUUUAUUGUGUUUUUUACUGGGCCUAGUACAAUGUCCUGAGACACAGAAGAACUGGCAAGAGACCGGUCUUUAUUGUCUGACCCUAGUCACAUGACAUACGUCAUGGUAACAAAAAUGUUUACCCCUGCAAUGGCAAAAGUCAGUAUCCAUUGACUGCAAUGGCUACACAUAAUAAAAGUGUCAGUACUAAAUCUUUCUCUUUUUAAAAUGUAGCAUAAUAAAAUUAGUAUACAAUGGAUAAAGUGUAAAGAUAUUAGAAAUAUUUGGGGGAAUUAAUAUUUGUAUAUUAUUUUAUAUUUCACUACAUGAAAAAUAAAGAAUGUAAAAAUACAAUGGGAUAAUCAAACUUAUACUUAUGUAGUCCAGUCACAAUAAAACCUUUUAAUAAUUAGGAUUUCCCCCUGAUUUAUAGGAUACCACUUAUGCUGGAAUACAGUUCAAUGCACAGAGAAAACUUUCACUGAUGUCAAUGGAAGCCAUGUAUAUCAGGGAACAGUCAUCAGACAAGGGGAGGGAAAAGUACGUUUCAAGGUAAAGGAAUAUUUUGAACUUAGUUUCUUAAAAGUAUGAGAAUCCAAGGUCAUCUCAGUGCAUUCCAUAUUGGUAUGGAACCAGGAACCCAAGCUUAUUGAAUUAUAUAGUUGAUAAAGCACUUCAGAAGCAUUCAGUAUGAAAGGUGGUAUGAAAAUGUAAAUUGUUAUAACCAUUGUUGGUGUUGACUGCAAAUGUGUAUUCCCCACCCAGAUUCUAAUUAAAGGAUUCUGUAUCACCACUAAUUAACAAUAAUGCUUUAUAAUUGUA